AUGAAGCUCCAGAUGCUCCUGAGCCUUUGCACCUUGGCUCUAAUCCCGCUGCUGCUGAGCAUCGAGGCCCGCAGCGUGGAGCCUUCCAAAGAGCGCAGCGAAGGCCGGUCCCUGAGCAGCUCUCCGCGCAUGGGCAUGCUGUCCCGCUUCGAGCCCAUCAUCUCCAACAUGGUGGUCCCGUUCCUGGUGGCCACUGGGGUAGUGAGCCUGGUGCGAAUGGUGCCCUCGGUGGUCUCGCAGAUCCCCAACGUGUUCGGCUUUGCCAAGCGGCAUGGCUACGCCGAACUGCCCAGGGAGGUGCUUGAGCUCAUGCAGAUGCUUGACGGAGCGCAAGUGAAGUACGACCUGACGACGCAUCCCUUGCCUCAGCAGCAGCAUCAGACCAGCAGCCAGAGGUAUCCCCACUACCAGCAGCAGCAGAUCUUCAAGGCCGCGGCCGCUGCCAAGCCUUCCACCCAGCAAGGAUAA